AUGGAUGAGAGACAAAUUAUAUGCUAUUGUCGAUUUGAUGGGAAAAUUGACAAAAAUGAGAAUGGGGAAAUUAUAUACAUCGGCGGUGUCACAGACCCUUUUAUGAUAACAACAACAACAACAUAUGAAUCAUUUAUAAAUGAGUUACAACAACGUUCAUCUUCAAACAUGAGUGGUAAAGUCAUAUAUUAUACCACCGAAUCUAACAAGAAUGAACUUUUGAGGAUGACGGGAGAAUCUGGAUUUAGAAUGAUGCUUGUAGUGAGUGGUCCCAUGCUAAAUGUGUAUAUGGAAGAUGCAACGCCUGUAAUUGCAUCAUGCACAAUUCCUACUGAUCAUAGUGAGAGACAAUUUGUUGAAGCCACAUCGCCAAUUGGUCUUCUGCAAAGUGUUGCGUCAACGUCUUCAUUUCCUCCGAUAAAUGCGCAUCGAGAUUCUUUCCGACACAUUGAUGACAUUCUUUGCGUGGAUCAGCUUUUUGACAGCCCAAAUGAUUUCAAAGAUGCACUCGUUUUGUUUGGUCUUCGUAAUCAUUUUUGGUUCAAGUACUUGGACAAUAGCAGAAAAUAUUAUAGAGUUAUGUGCAAGGUUAAUAAUUGUCCAUGGAAAUUGUCAGCUGGUUGUGAAGGAAGUGGUGAUAUAGUGAGAAUCAAGCGGUUUAAUAAUGUUCACACUCACACUGCUCAAGACAUUUCAGAUUAUAAAGCCAUUUUUUGGUCAAAGGAAAUGGGUCGAGCUAUUGUGAACAAGGUUAGGGACAAUCCUAAAUGCACCCCCAAGACUAUUUCCACAGACAUAAACGGUGAAUUUUCUGCUAAAAUGACUUACAUGCAAUCGUGGAGAGCUAAGGAGUGUGCACGUCAUAUCAUUGAGGGAAAUCCCAAGGAUAGCUAUAUUUUAGUCCCGUGGUUGUGUGAACGAAUAGCAGAAUAUAUUCCUGGGACAAUUACAUCGUGGGAGUGCACGGAUGAUAGGAGAUUUAAGCGAGUGUUUGUAGCUUAUGGGUGCUCCAUACGAGGUUUCAUCAAUUAUUGCAGGCCCAUGUUAGCAAUCGAUGCUUGCCACUUGAGUGGCAAUUAUAAAGGAACAAUGCUUGGUACAACGGGGUUCGAUGCGAAUGAUGGCUUGUGGCCUUUGGCGUAUGCUGUUGUUUCUUCUGAGAAUGAUGAUGAUUGGCAUUGGUUCUUGAGUAAGGUGAAAGAGAUUCUAGAUGGUCACAUUGUGACAAUCUUAACCGACAGGCAUCCGAGCCUAAUAAGCUGUAUUAGAGAUAUUUUUGGCUCCCAGUACCACUCAUGGUGUCUUCGUCACCUAACGGCGAAUUUUUCUACAUCCAUUCUUGGGAGACAAAGUUUAGGAUUGAGGGCUUCGGGUAAAGAGCAUGUGAAAAAAUUACUCGAUAAAAUUGCAUAUGCUCGAACUGUAGAUGAGUAUAAGAAUGCAUUGGCUGCCAUGCGGGUAUUUCGAGGGGAGUUGUGCGAUUGGGUUUUGGCGAAUUCACCUGAACAUUGGUCAAAUGCUAUGUUUACUUCCAAGCGUUGGGAUAAAUUAUACACCAAUCAAGCAGAGUCCUUCAAUGCAUGGAAGUGGACUAUCCCGGUUGGGGAUCGUAUUGAGGAGAAAAUUAAAAAAGAGCAAGAGUUAGCACUUGGUUUUCAGUCGAUGCGUGUUUCGCCUACUGAGUGUACAAUAUAUGAUCGAGACAGAAAACCAUUCAGGGUGGUAUUUGGCAGUGAAAAUUCUUGUAGUUGUUUGAAGUGGACCAUGAGUGGGAUUCCUUGUUUGCAUGCAUGCUAUGCCAUCCAUGAAUUAUCUUUAAAUAUUUAUGAGAUGGUUGAUCCAUGGUUUAGGGUUGAAACACAACAAAAACUAUGCGAACAUCUCAUGUCUUCUGUCCCCAUGCAUGAUAUGCCGAAUCCAGCUGCUGUUGCUGCUGCUGCUGCUGCUGACGGUGAAGAUGAGGCUGAAUGGAUAAAUCAGUACAAAGGAAGAGUGUUCAGUUUAAACGACAAGCCUGUGGUGCACAAAAUUUGGCUGCCGAAUGAGGAAUGCCCCAGAUUGGCAAUGUCUAGAGCCUUUGGGGACUACUUUAUUAAGGAUUUUGGACUUAUAUCCGUCCCUGAACUGGAUAGGUUUAUUCCCAACCGAUCUGCAAUGGAUUUUGAUUUUGCACAUUACAUGCUCAACGGUGGGAUGUCUCCAGAAAGGAUUCUUGUUGCUUCUGAGCUCCUAGAUGAGUUUUAUUUGAAUUUACUGGAUUGGAGUAGCAGUAACAUUGUCGCUAUCGCUCUUGGGAAUUCAGUAUAUUUGUGGAAUGCUGCUAAUGGCGCUACUUCUGCACUUGUUGUGAUUGAUGAGGAAAUUGGGCAUGUGACAAGUGUCAGAUAG